CCAAAACCGGGGCACGCGGCCCGCGCCAUUUUGGUUCCAUGUGAGCUCGCUGCUGCUUGCAGUGCUGACUGUGGGUGAAGGUGACCGUGUUGAGUGAAAAUGGCCUCAAUGCGGACAGCCAGGAGGAUGUUCUGUGCUGCGGCUCAAGCAGCGGCUACCCCGGCUCCCAGCAGCCGCUGGGAGAGGCUGAGGAGGAGCAAAGCGGGUGUGUGGUGUGGCAGCCUGCUGUCCGACUAUAAGGAAGCGUUCAGGGAGAUGGUUGUUGGCACUUGGGAGCGGCCGCUAAAGUCCUCUGUGUACUUGUCUCUGCUGGGCGGGGCCUAUGUCUGUUUUCACACCAAACCCGACCAGUCAUCUUUUGAGGCCGCCUUGCUGGAGCGCUCCAACCAGCUGGGCCUUCUGUCACCGUGGAUACGCAACGGCAUCUCUGACGGCCACGUUCAAAGCCUAGUGAAGCUUCGUAACGAAGGCCGACUCCGGUACGCCAGCCUGGGACUCCUCAGUGUGGUGUACCGUGCCGACUACGACCCAGAUGCCACGCUGUACGAGGCCCGCUGCUCCAACCUGUCGGUGCCCUGGAGGGAGCUUCCUCAGCGGGUGCUGGACGUCGGCUUCACUGGCUGCUGGUGGAUGCUGGGCUCAAAGAUGAAGGACUACGACAUCAACAACGAUGAGUACAAACACCUUCCGGCACACCUGCAGACAACCACACCACCCAGCCCGCAGCAGGUGGAGAGGAACGAGAGGUUGCACAGGGAUUCCUGGUUGCCGCUGACGAUGGAGGACAAGGAGGAAGAAAGAAAACCUGUAGACAAAAUGGAGAAUGUCAGUGAACAGAGUCAGAUAAAACUGUGAGACAUUUAAUCUGUGAACUCUGUGCUUUUAUUCUCAGUGUUGGGUCAUUAUCGUGAAAGAAAAACAUCUUCGGUUCAGAGGGUCUUUAGUUUGUUUUUUCACGCUAAGUGUUGGUGAAUGUUUUGUACAAUACCAAUCAAUCUGCCAUCUUUGAACUAAUGGAAUCUGUUUACCAUGCUAAGCCAUCACAGGUGUCGACCUUGUUCCUGGUCUCUUUGGAAAAGAAAAACACCUAAAACGUCCACAGGUGAGACACACAGAGCUUGUGGUUUAAUAAUUUAUUCUGAUUAAAGGAAAUCUAAAAUACAA